UGUUUUCUGAUUAGAACAGCUAUCGAAGUAAAAGUGAACAGUUAUAACAAGAACUCACUCCUUCAUUUUGAAGGAACUGUGUAUUUAGGAUUAAACAACCGAAGACAUUAAAAUUGUGUAUUCAAUGUUUUAACUGGAAAUAUGGUGCCUCAAAAUAACACAGUCUUUGGAUCGCAGAGCAUAGACCCUAACACUCACACGCCGUAUACGGAUGCCACUCAGUGCAAAAAGCAGUCAAACCAUGUCAAACGGCCUAUGAAUGCGUUCAUGGUGUGGUCACAGCUUGAACGGCGAAAGAUCUCCGAAGUUUCACCCGAUAUGCACAAUGCUGAGAUCAGUAAACGACUGGGUAAACGCUGGAAAACGUUAAACGAAACUGAUCGACAGCCCUUUAUCGAGGAGGCAGAGCGUCUGAGACUAUUGCACAUGCAGGAAUACCCUGAUUACAAAUACCGUCCCCGCAAGAAGGCCAAACCUGUGACAAAAUCAGAAUCCAAAGUGUCAAAACCGACCAGUAAAACUCGCACCGACCGUAUGAAGCAGAAGGCUGCCGUCAGAAACUUUCUGGAUGGGGCUACCGAACCCGACAGCAAUGUAAGUACUCCAUACAACAGUCGUCUGAAACUCAAACUCACCAUUGACAAGAAAUUCAAAGACAGUAUUAAGGCCAGUCGACACGUGCCCGUGUCCUCGUGUCAGCUGACCCCUCCCGCCAAAGUGCCGUCCAGCCCCUCAGUCUACUCGCCCCCCACCCCGGAAUCCACCAGCUUCUACCCCGAAGAAAUUUACGAUACUCCGGCCGCCUCGCCCGAAGACAUCAAGUGUCGCCCCAGCAAUAUCUCAUCUCAGGGUAACCCGACUCAGCAGGGAGACGGUUCGUCGUUGGCGGAUCUCGAUAAUCUCACCGACGUGCUUCAAAUGCCCAACAACUGGCAGAUAGAGUUAGGGAACUUGGACUUGAGUAAACUCGCCGACACAUGUGAUUUCCCUAACUUCGACCUGCAUAAUAACAAUUCGAAUGUGUCAAGUGCUUGCUCCACAUCCAGUAAUGGAUCGCAUUUUGAAUUCCCGGAUUAUUCCACGCCUGAAGUUUCCGAAAUGAUUGGACUGGAAUCCGAAUGGUUAGACAUUUCCGUUCUUGGCUCAAUUGCUGCUCAUUGAACGUCUUCGUCAUCCUUCAUUUCAUCGUUUCUUUCGUAUGUGUGUGUUCUUGUUAUGACUGAUUGUUGAUAAUUCUGAAGGGACAUGUGCAAAUAAUACGUUAUAAUCCAAACGAGCGUUUCGGGAGGACCUUUCUGUCGGUAUUGCGGACCACGUGGAAAGUCAGGACCCGGGGUGCGGAUCUUAGAUCUAGCGCACCGAGGCAGAGACUGGUAUAGUUGUGAUGUAUCAUUAUAUUUAUGAGAGAUUUAUAUCUAUAUUAUAUAUAAAUUGUGAGAACGAACUGAUCCAUAUCAAGUAUAUAUUUGUGCUGUGUGUAAUAUUCUCAGUAUUGUAACGUAGAAGUGACUGUCUCCAUAUAUAUUUAGUAGCUGUGGGUGAAACAUCUUUCAUUCUUCCAUUUUUCUCAUCACUGUAUAAUCAUAUUUUGUGUCUUAUUCCAUAAAAAUGAUCUGCAGGGAUAUUUUUUCAUACAAAGAAAUGUAGAUAUUUUUUACUAUAUUCUUUAUGAAAAAGCUACAUGAGAAAGGUCACAGACAAACUUGAUAUUUUGCAAUGAACCAUGAUCGAUUUUUUUAUACAAAGGCAUAAAACCUUUCUUACUGAUAUCGUUCUGCAAUGAUGUAAAACUCUGUAUGUACUUUUGUUACAAGGUUUGUAAACAAACUCGACGGGAAUCUGUUCAAUAUUGUGCUAUGAUAAUUUUUUGUUGUUAGAAAAAUAUUCCCCCAUCUUGAAAUUUUGAGUAUAUAUAUUUUGAUACAUACCCAUUAAUCCAACGAACAAUUUUUUGUCAGGCGAAAUCGGGAGAAGCCAAAUGUACAUAUGACUUUUUAUUAUUAUUAUAUUAUACAUGGCAUGUGCAAAUGAUAUUUGUACUAUCGUUAUCUUACGUUGUAGUAAAAUACAACAAAAAUUCUACAAAACUGAAA